UCCGCGCAGGUCUUUGCUGUCAUCACUGAAAAUUUUUUCAUUAUUAGGCGUCAUAAAAAGGAAUCUUUUAUUAACAUUUUUAUAAAAUUUUACGGCAAAUUAUAACAAAUGGAUUGUUUUAUAUAAACAUUUAAAAGUAUAAAGUUUUCAGAGAAGAAAGUGUAUAAUUUUUAUAUUGGUAUACAAUAAGUGCAAUAUAUUUAGCUGGAAACAGAAUAUCCACAUCACGAAAUCGAUUUUUGUUUAUUUUCUUGUAAGAACAAAAAUCCAACUAGCAGUAGAAAAUUUAUUUUUUUUCAAUUGCCGUGAGCUACAUAUAUCUAUGCAAAACGCUUUGUAGAAAUUUAUGUUCAUAAAUUUUCAAUAUUAAAGUUAAUAAAUAUGGCUCAUUCAGUGCAUGUUGAACGUAGUAUACAUGAAAUGUUAAAAGAUACACCGUCCAUGAAUGAAAGUGAUAACGCUGUUCAUACAGGAACAGAGGCCUCCAGUAGCUGUACACCUUUUAAAUCACCACCUACUACUUUACCGCUCAGAAAUCAUUCAGCACCAACAACUCCUAUGUCACCUAGAAGUCCACAAAUUGGUUUAGAUACUAGUCUACUUAAAACUGGAGCAUCAAAAAUUGAUAGUAUAAAGAACUGGAGUAUAUCGACUUACAAAUGCACUCGCCAGAUCAUGCUUGAAAAGUUAGGAAAAUCUCAACGUACUGUGGACUCGGAAUUGGAAGCCCACAUUGAGCAACUACGUGAGACACAACGUAAAUAUUUAUCAAUUUUGCGUUUAGCACGGGCUUUUAGCUCGCAUUUUCAUCAUGUUGUGGUUACUCAGCAUGCUCUAGCUGACGCAUUUGCCGAUUUGGCACAAAAAAAUCCUGAACUACAAAAAGAAUUUAGUUGUAAUUCGGAAACCCAACGAUCUCUAACAAAAAAUGGUGAACUCUUGUUGAAUGCGUUAAACUUCUUUAUAUCAUCUGUCAAUACACUCUGCAAUAAAACCAUCGAUGAUACUCUAUUAACAAUUAGACAAUAUGAGACCGCCAGAGUUGAAUUUGAUGCAUAUCGUAUGGAUUUGGAAAAUGCCAAACCAGAACUGCCUCAAUCACCAAUCGCAGAGGAUGUACAAAAACAAUAUUCGCAACACAAAGAACUUUAUGAAAAACUAAGGGCUGACGUGGCAAUAAAAAUGCAGUUCUUAGAUGAAAACCGAAUUAAAGUAAUGCAUAAACAAUUAGUAUUACUACACAAUGCAAUAGCUGCUUACUUUUCUGGCAAUGCCACGGCUUUAGAAACAACAUUGAAACAAUUUAAUAUAAAGCUAAAAUCUCCUAAUUCUGUAACAGGGUCUUGGCUGGAACAGUAGUAGUCCUGUUAUGACUUGCAUCACUAUAAAUAUUCCUUAAACAAAACCAAACAAAGUAUUUUUCUCUUGUCCACUUAUAUAUUCUUAUGGUUAUUUAACUAAAAAAACAAAAAUAAAUCAUAUGUAUAUGUAUUUAACAAUACAAAGGGAUGUUUUAUAAUAUGAUGAAUCGCUCUUCUUUAUUUGCUAUUUUUUUGUUUUAAUUUUAAUGAGUUUUUUUAUAAGCUUGUCAUUCGAAAAUAUAAUUUUAUAUUUUUAUUGUUGAUUCUAAUGUAUUCCAGUAGUAAUCCUGUUAUGUACUUGCAUCACUAUAAAUAUUCCUUAAACAAAACCAAAGUAUUUUUCUCUUGUCCACUUAUAUAUUCUUAUGGUUAUUUAACUAAAAAAAAAAAAUAAAUCAUAUGUAUAUGUAUUAACAUUA